UGAUGGUUAUCAGGUAAGGAGACCAGCUGACUUACAGGACCGGGAGGUGUCCCUCCGAAUGCUGCACCUUGAGCCUGGCAGGAGCCCGGGUGUCUCAUGGGAGACCUGCAGUAAAUGCUCAGCUUUGCUGUAUAGACUGGGACACAGUCAGCAGAGUCAUCUCAUCAUUAUAAGUGCACCAUGGGAGUUUGCAUAAAGCCGAGAAAUGCGUUAGUUUCGUGACUUACACCUGAAGCUAAAUGAAGAACAAGCAGUCAGUAGGACGAGCUUCCACCACGACAUACAGUUCCUUUGGUUGACAUCUGAAUUUUCUAAUUCUCCAUUAGCCAAGCCAAAAGUAUUUACUUAAGUGGGACUCUGAAGCAACCAACUGUGCUGUAAACAUCUUUCAUGAAUUGAGAAGGACAGAUCGAAAACUGAUGCAACAGGGAACCAAAGACCGUGUCUGAGAAACCAAGACCUGCACCCGAUACUUAUUGAAGUCAGCACUGGUGGAUGAUACAGACUGGCUAAAAACGGAGAACCCGGUCCCAAUAACUUAGCAUGGAGGGUUUGAAAAUUGAAUCGUGGAUCCUGAUGUUUUUGCUUGUUAUAAUUAUCCUGUCAAGGUUCAUAUUAUGGUCGUGUCUGAGCAAAUACAUAGACUAUAAACUCUCUAAAAGGUUCCCAACUAGACCAAAGAAAGACUUUUAAAUGUUGGUGAAAAGGAAUGUAUCAUCAGAACAUGACAUAUUUAACAAAGGUUUUUGUUUUAAGCAGAUUUUUUAAAGUUUAUUAUUAGUUUAUGAUAUGAGCCUUAUGUGACUGUGAAAUAUAAACAUCUUAAAAUAUUCCAGAUUACACACUGGCCAUUAAAAACACACAAUACACUGAAA